AUGGGCUGCCCGGCCCCCCUGCUGGGGCUGCUGCUCCUGCCCGGCGUCUUUCUCCUGGAAACAGCGCACUUCCCGCUACAGCUCAGACGGGAGCUGCCGGGGCGUGGGGUCAGCCAUGCGAUACGGCCGGGGGCGCCUCGGCGGUUGCACAAGCUCCUUGAGGACAAUGGGCCCGAGAGCUUCCGGGAACAGCGAGGGCAGAGGCGGAGCUGGUUCUGGCUGGAGCUGUUCCGGGCCAGCACCGGCCCUUUCCUAAGUGACCCCUCUCCCCACGCAGCCGCCGAGACCGAGCGCCAGAGGCCGGCUCUGGAUGACAGGAAGUCGGACACCAUCCUCUCAGUGCUGCCGGCCGCCGGCUCCACUCCUCUCCCGCCUCUGACUGCGGCGCCCUCGGCAUCGCCAGAAGACCCGCCGCGGAUGAGGCUGGCCAACGGCACCGGGCGGUGCUCCGGGCGCGUGGAGGUGUUCUACCAGGGCGCCUGGGGGUCGGUGUGCGGGGACAGCUGGGGCCUGCGGGAGGCGCAGGUGGUGUGCAGGCAGCUGGGGUGCGGCCGGGCGGUGUCGGCCCCGCCGGGCGCCCACUUCGGGCCCGGCUUCGGGAAGAUCCUCCUGGACAACGUGCACUGCAGCGGUGAGGAGCGCCACCUGGCCCAGUGCGCCCAUGACACCUGGUUCACGCACAGCUGCGGCCACGAGGACGACGCCGGGGCCGUCUGCGAGGGUCCUCUAGCGGCAGACCCCUUCCGGCCAAGGGAGGGCUUCUCCGAGCCUUCGCUGACCACAGCCCCGGAGGCCCCGACACCUCCACCUGCAGGAGGCUGGGCUCCAGUGCGGCUGGCGGGCGGCCCGGGGAGCUGCGCGGGCCGCGUGGAACUCUUCCACCAGGGCGCCUGGGGGACCGUGUGCGACGACCUCUGGGACCUGCCGCAGGCCAGCGUGGUCUGCAGGCAGCUGGGGUGCGGCCCGGCCGUCUCAGCGCCCGGCGAGGCCCACUUCGGGGAAGGUUCCGGCAAGAUCCUGCUGGACGACGUGCGCUGCAGGGGCGACGAGGGGCACCUGGGGGAGUGUGCCCACCGCGGCUGGCUCUCCCACAACUGCGGGCACGGGGAAGACGCGGGAGUGCUCUGCUCAGAGAAACCGCGCUGCGGUGGCGUAGUCACCAGCCCGUCGGGCGCCGUGCGGAACCCGCCGCGGAGCGACAUGCGCGACAACAUGACCUGCGUGUGGGAGAUCCGGGCCAACGCGUCCGACCACGUGCUGCUGGCCUUCCCCUACCUCAACCUGGACUGCACCAACGAAUACUUCGACAUCCUGGACGGCCCCCCGUCCUCGGCCACAUCCCUGGGGAGGACCUGCUCUGGCUUCUACCUCACCUACGCGUCCUCCUCCAGCUCCAUGACCCUCAAGUACUUCCGGGGCUCCAACAGCAUCGGCAAGGUCUUCAUUGCGUAUUUUUACUCCACGCCCAAAGAGCCGGCUCCGCAGACCCCACGGCCCACCGACCGGGAGGUUGGCCAGCUGACGGCUCGGUCCCUGAUGGUGGUGCGGGGCCGGGAGCCGGCCAGCCGGGACUGGCCGGCGCUGCGGCUGGCGGGCGGCUCCGGCCCCUGCUCGGGGCGCGUGGAGGUCCUCCGUCAGGGGGCCUGGGGCACCGUGUGCGACGACCUGUGGGACCUGAACGAGGCUGAGGUUGUGUGCCGGCAGCUGGGCUGCGGCAGGGCCCUCGCUGCCCUGGGGAAGGCCCCGUUCGGCCCGGGCUCCGGGGACAUCCUCCUGGACAACGUCCAGUGCUCGGGGGCCGAGCAGCACCUGGGCCAAUGCGCGCACUCGGGCUGGGCGGAGCACAACUGCGGCCAUCACGAGGAUGCCGGCGUCACCUGCUCCGAUGCAGAAGACCUGCCUCCUCCCACACCUCCAGGUCUUUCCACGGCGUCUCAGGAUCGCCUAACAGGAGGAAGUCGCUCGUGCGGAGGGGUGCUGACCAGGCUCCCCGGCUCGUUUUCCAGCCCCCGGUACCCCGAAAACUACCCAACCGACACCCAGUGCGUCUGGGAGGUCCACACGGAUAAACAAUCCCGCAUCAAGCUCUGGAUCCCGAGUCUGCACCUGGAAGACAUCCCGGGGUGCCCCUUCGACUCGGUGGAGGUCUUCGACGGGCCGCGGACGGCCGCGCGCUCCCGGGGCCGGUUCUGCGCGCCCGGGGCGGUGCUGGUGUUCUCCUCCUCGGACACCGUGACCGUGGUCUUCCGCAGCGACGCCGUGGUCACCGGCUCCGGCUUCCAGGCCCUGCUCGCCACGAUCCCGCCCGGCGAGGGGGAGCCAGACCCGGCCCUGCGGCUGGCGGGCGGGCGCAGCCGCUGUGCGGGCCGCGUGGAGGUGUGGCACGGGGGCGCGUGGGGCACCGUGUGCGACGACGGCUGGAGCCUCCGCAACGCCCGCGUGGUGUGCCGCCUGCUGGGCUGCGGGCCCGCGCUCAGCGCCCCCGGCCGCGCCCGCUUCGGCCCCGGCGCCGGGCCCAUCCUGCUGGACGAGGUGCGCUGCGCGGGCACCGAGGGCGCGCUGGGCAGCUGCCGGCACCGCGGCUGGGCCCGGCACGACUGCCGGCACCGCGAGGACGCGGGCGUGGUCUGCGCAGCCCGCCCCGCCGCGCCCCGGGACCAGGCCCAGCUGUCCUGCUUGCCGCACCUCUUCCGGGUGACCGUGGACCGCGGCUACCUCCGGCGGCUGGGCUACUCCUCCUGGGACGUCCACCUGAACGACGAGCUGUGCCGCCCCCGGGUGGCGGGGCGCUUCCUCGUCUUCAGCAUCCCCUACGGCCACUGCGGCACCGUCCGGCAGGAAAGCCUCGGCUCCCUCAGCUUCUCCAACGCCAUCCGCGGCCACGUCGCCCUGCGGCACCGGGUGCCCCAGCUGACACUCACCUGCUCCGUGGACGCCCCGUCGGCAGGCGAGCCUGUCCCCGGCGCCGCCUACGAAGUGUCCGUGGCCUUCCUGCAGCUGCCCGUGGCCCCGCCUGCGGGGAGCGCGGGGCCGGAGGACGGGGGCCCCAGGGAGGAGGUGAUCCUGCAGGCCACGCUCCGCACCCCGGACCCCGGCCUGAGGCUCUCCGUGGACACCUGCGUGGCUUCCCCGGACCCCCGUGACUUUGCCACCGUCACACACGACCUGAUCCGGCAAGGGUGCGUCUCAGACGACACCUACGUCAGCCUCCCCUCGCGCCAGAGGAACACGGCCCAGUUCAAGUUCAACGCCUUCAGCGUCCUCCCCGGCCACGAGGUGGUCUACCUGCGGUGCGAGGUCGCCGUGUGCAGGGCGGGCGACCCCUCCUCCCGCUGCUCGCGGGGCUGUGCCGGGCGGGGCCGGGGCCCGAGGGCUGUGGGCCCCGUGGCGGCCGCGGGGGAGCCGGCUGGGCCUCUCCGGGUGCUGGGGCCACUGGAGAUCCGCAGAGGAACAUACCAGGUCAAGAUCGAGGUGUGAUUUCUCCAGUUCCCCCACAAUCCUG